AACCGUAUAUCUAUAACAAAAGAUGCGAGUAUCAAAGUGAUUGACACAUGGCACGGAAUAUGCGAAUGCUAUACUAUACUCCAGAAGGAUACAUUGCAGGAAAAAAUGGAAAUUUUGAUAGCUGAUAGUAACUGC